CCUUAUUUUUCAUUCCAUUCGACUCAAACCCAAAACACAUCGAUCAAAACCCUUGCAGAUAUUCGUAAAAACCCUCCCGAUCAGCAUAGGCUUCCGAGGCCCUACUAUUUCUAAUUACAAUAUUCAGAAGGAAUCUACGCUUCAUCUCGUACUCAUCUUCGUGGAGGGAUGCAGAUCUUUGUUAGAACGCCAAUGGGCAAGACCAUUACUUUGGAAGUUGAAAGCUCCGUUACCAUUGGCGAAGUCAAGGCCAAUAUUCAGGAUACAGAACGGAUUCCAUCCAAUCAUCAGGUUUUGUUCAUUGCUGAGAAGAACCUCGAAGGUUCUAAACCAUUGGCGCACUAUAACAUCCAAAAAGAAUCUACAUUGCACCUGAGUAUGAGAUUGGGAGGAAAUAUGGAAAUUUUUGUGAAGACUUUGACAGGGAAGACCAUUUCUCUUAUGGCAGAGAGCUCAGAAACCAUUGGCAACCUGAAGGAAAAGAUUCGGAUCAUAGAGGGGAUUCCCCUGCUUCAACAGCGUCUGAUCGUUGUUGAAAAGCAACCCCUUCAACCCGAAGACUGUACAACUUUGGCUGAUUGUAACGUCCAUGACAACUCCACAUUACACAUGGCUUUGAGGUUGCGAGGCGGUGGUAUUCAGAUUUUCAUCAAGACAUCAGCAGGGAAGACCAUCACACUGGUGGUUUGCAGCUCGGAGACUAUUGGUAAUGUGAAGGAAAUGAUUCAGGACAAAGAGGGGAUUCCAAGGCAUCAACAGCGUUUGAUGAUUGAUGGAGAGAACCUGGAAGAUGAUUUAACUUUAAGCGAUUAUGACAUCGAAAAUGGAUCUUCAUUGGAUCUGGUUCUGUGGUUGGGAGGAGGUGAGAUGCGGAUUUUUGUCAAGACUUUUACAGGGAAACCCAUCAAGCUGAUGGUGGAAGGGUCCGAGACUAUUGAUGAUGUGAAGGGAAAAAUUCAGGACAUAGAGGGGAUUCCAUUGAUUCACCAGCGUUUGGUUAUUGCUGGAAAGAAUUUGGAAGAUGAUUUGAGUUUAAGCGAUCAUAACAUUCAACACGGAUCUACAUUGGAUCUGAUUGUGAGGUUGCGUGGCAUGACACUUUCUAUUAAGACAUUGACAGGGAAGACAUUAACACUGGAGGUGGAGAGCUCGGACACCAUUGAAUAUGUGAAAUUAAAGAUUUCAGAGAUGGAAAAUAUUCCAUCUGAUCAGUUCAGACUUACAUCAUCUUCUGGGAAGCAGCUAGAAGAUGAUCGGACUCUUGCUUCUUAUACUACUCAUGACCCGUUUAUUGUGCACCUUGCAUGCGUGUUUUAGGUAGUCAAUUAUGAAAACUAGGUAUCUUUCUUUCAUUGUUGACUUUUUUUUUUCUUGUGGUCAUCUGGUUGCAUAUAUGAAACUUUCAGUUCUUAAUUCUGUUUCCUGAUGUUAAAUUGAAUGUUCGUAUUAGACAUUUUUUGUAAUGGUAUAUACUUGAGUUUACAUAAGUAAUAUGGUAAUA